AAUUCGCUUGUCUUCAUCGUCAUCUUCUUCGUCUCUUCGUGCAUUUCUUCUUCAACAUCAGUUUUAUCAUCAUUAUUAUCGUCAUCUUCUUGUACUUCUCUCAUUUGUAUUAUUUUAAUCAAUGUUUGAUAUUUCUCUCAGUGAUUGCGGUGUUUUAUGGCACCAGAUUUGUGUAUUCUUUAUCAUCGUCUAUCAAACUUUCAUCAUGUUUUUGGGGCGCAGUGAAUCUAUUAAAUGGAUACGUAGAAAAUUUUCGAAAAGGAACAAUACUAAUUCCUCAACAAACGUAGAACAUACACCAGCCAAAAUAUCGAAAACUAACAACGAAAACAUACGAGAUUUAAACGAAAUAUUAAUAGUCAAUAGUAGUAAUACACCCACAACCAUAGCUCCAAUAUCAGUUAAUAAUUCUAAAAAUUUAGCAACAAUUCAUAACAACAAUGAAGUCAUGUCAACAAUACCAACUAAUCAAACAGCACCAAUUGCACGAGAAGAAGAGGCCGAAGAAGAAAUCGAAGAAAUGGUUGAGGGACAGCAAAAACGGAAUAAUGAAAUGGAAUCAAAUGAUGUAGGCGAAGAAUAUCAGCAGUACCAAGUGAUCAAUGAAAUGGCGGUGCGUCGUGGUGGCGGUGUUGCUGGUUGUAGUGGCAGUAGUAGUAGUAAAUCAUCGCGUGUACGUAAUUAUUUGAAAAAAUGUAAAGAUCGCUGGUUGGCAGUUGGUUUGCAUAAUCAAAUGCAAGAAUAUAAUAAUAAUAAUACAGGUCAUGAUCCAAAAUCAACAAUGUCUACAAUAAAUGAGUUAGAUGUCAGUCAAGACUUGAGGCCAGCAACAUCAUCAGCCAGAGUAACGGAUUUCUCAAACAAUCCAUUGACUUCGAUGAUGGGUGGUGCUAGUGAGUCCGUCAACAAAGGUAGUCGCACUAACUGUGCCCUUGGGAAUGCGAAGGAAAUAGCAGACGAAAAUGAUGUUGACGUCGACGACGACGAUGAUGAUGUUGUUGAUGCAUCGUAUGAAGAUAUUGAUUUUGGUCUAGGUUCAGCAUUGUCUAAAACAGCAGCAGCAACAACAAAACAAACUCGCAGUCGUCAUAGUUCAACAAACAGAAACAAUGUUGGUAUUUGUGCUCAAAUUGAAACACGACAGGAAAAGAAACAUUUAAAGUCAAUGGCCCAACAACAAAUUCAACAACAAGAGCAUGACCACGACAAUGUUGAUGAUGAUGGAAAACAUGUAGAACAAUUAGUAGAUUCUGAGCAAAUGGAGUCUCAUAUUGCUGCUCUGAUUGACAGACAUCUUGCAUGCAUUUAUCCUGUCUUUACUCAAACAACACGUGCAGUUUUAAUACGUGAGGCACGUGACGUUCUCGUGAAUAUCUAUCACGGUUGUUUGACAACAUUUGAACGGCAAUUCCUAUGUAAAUUUACAGAGAUCGCUGUCAUGCUACAGGAACGUCAUCGUGUCGGUGAGGCUUUAAUUUGGUGUCAAGGAUGGCCUCUAGUAACACCUAUUGGCGAAGUUAUACUUCAUUUGGGGGGCCUUGAUGACGAUCAAGUUAAAUCUGCAGAAAUAUAUUUAUGCGUUAAAACAGUUGAAACGAAUAAAGAACCUCAAUUGUGUGCCGUUUGGCAACAGCCACAAAAGCUGCAGCAGCAGCAACAACAACAACUGCAGCAACUUUAG